AUGUUAUUCGAACCCGGCUCUGUCCCUCCAGGACCGCCUAUCGAGACCAAGAAAGCCUUGAUUUUGCUUGAUUUUCAAAAAGAUUUUGUUGAACCCAACGGCAAACUUCCCGUCGGCAAUAUUGAACCCUUCUUAUCCGACUUACUGUGCCUGGUAGACGAAUUCCGUGCCAAGGGCGAGGUGAUAUGGGCAGGGACCGAGUACAGACAAUCCCGUUCAACCAUUUCUUCGGUAACUGGAACUCACUCUAUAGUCCUCAAACAACAUCUCCAACGGCAGGACUUGAACGAAGAGACCAGUGAGUACUACAACGACCCGGGUCACACGCGCUCACCUCGCGAAGAUCCCCUGUCACCCUCUCUGAACCCAGACGUCACUCAUGACCGGGAAGCGUUUCUUGCUCCCGUCUUGACCACCACUAAGCAUAGAUGCUGCAUGCCCGGCUCACCGGGCGCCGACUAUUCUGAAAGCAUAAAAACAGCCAUGGACUCACAAAGAGACCUAAUCAUGCUGAAAUCUCACUACUCAGCUUUUGAAGGCACGUCCCUACUCAUGUAUCUCCGAUCCAACCUCAUCACCGAAGUCUACAUCUGCGGUUCUCUUUCAAACGUCGGGGUCUACGCCACCGUCCUUGACGCCGUUUGUCAUGGUGUUCAGGUUACACUUGUUGAGGACUGUCUCGGAUACCUUGAUGAAGCCUGUCAUAUAGAAGCCAUGCGUCAGAUGGCAGACACGAUGGGUGCAAAUGGAAUCGACUGUCAGGAGCUGCGUGACGACAUUGCCGGCCUGCUUGGUGAUGUUAUCUACGAAGAGGACUAUCCUACCAGAUUCCAGGUCAGCCUGCCACCACCGGCUCGCACGACGAGAUCCCACACCUCGAGAAGCCAGAUUCACGACUGGAUUUCGAGUCUCGAAGGCGAAGAAGCCCCCAACACCCCCGCCAAGCCCGAAAGAACAACGCCGAAAGAGACGGAACAGACCGGGGCGGGCCGGUGUGACUCCAACACACCCAGUGAGUCAUCUCGUAGAUCUAUGAGACAUAUAUCAGUUGAGCGCAGUCCUCCCCGGAAAAGAUCAACCAGUGAUCUAGAUCCCUUGGACGAAGAGCGUGUCCUAAAAUUAUCCCAAAAGCCUUCUUCUCGUCGUACCUCGACUCAUGCUGAGCAACUGAAACCCAAGCAGGCACAGCAAUUAACGCGAAAGCGACGACCUUCACACGAGUCCUCGGUCAGAUCUUCUACCCCUACGACAUCAAUACUGCAUCGGACCCUCUCGACCGGAGAGCCAUCUACUCACAAGGAAAUGUCAGAAGCUGACCCCACUGAGGUCGAAAAUCCGGGCCUUGAGGCGAGCCAGGGAAUCGGCCCACCAGCUCCCAAAAAGAAGAAGAAGAUAACGCCAAAGCUCCUUGGUCCUGGAGACGUCCUAGGACAGGGCGACUGCAACCUUUUUGUAGGCCUCCUCGACCAAGUAGAGGCGGAAGAGGCCUUUUAUUCUUGCAGAAGCGAUAUUAAAUGGCAGAAGAUGUUCCACCGGUCCGGCGAAGUGCCUCGCCUGGUCGCUGUCCAGGGGACCAUGUCUAAGAAUGACAUGGAGGUCCCAAUCUACAGGCACCCAGCGGACGAAUCUCCAGAAUUAUUGCCUUUCGAUCCGGUGGUAAACCUGCUGCGCAAGGCUGCAGAAAAGGUUGUCGGCCACUCGCUGAACCAUGUGUUGAUUCAGUGGUAUCGGCACGGCGAGGACAACAUCUCCGAGCAUUCCGACAAGACGCUCGACAUUGUCCGGGGAUCUAAGAUUGUGAAUGUAAGCCUGGGAGCUCAGCGAACGAUGAUGCUAAGGGCAAAGAAGUCAGCCCUCACACCAAGCGAUUUGAGGGAAGAACCAGAUGCUGCCCGGCCUUCUCAACGAAUCCCUCUUCCCCACAACUCUCUUUUUAUCCUCGGGCAGGAGACCAACAGGCAGUGGCUACAUUCCAUUCGAGCCGACAAACGACCUGUUUCGGAAAAGACUCCUGCCGAACUCGCCUUCGACGGAGAGAGGAUCAGCUUCACAUUCAGACAGAUUGGAACGUUCAUCAAUUUGGCUGAUAAUACAAUCUGGGGACAGGGAGCAACAAGCAAAUACCGGAAAGAUGCAAAGCCCUUAUUGGCAGGAGCGGAGGCGGAGAGAGAGGGCGAACUCAUGAUUCGAGCUUUUGGGCAGGAGAAUCACCGCAGCGUAGACUGGGACUGGGAUGAGUGGUACGGGAAGGGCUUCGAUGUGGUCAACUUUGAGACCAAAACGGCAGAUGAGACCAAUGCAACCCAUGACGAUCGUGGGAAUGAGACAAAGGGCGAGAAGAGAAAAAUCGCCGACGAUGGCGAAAGUCCCAUGAGGGCUGGUUCCGCACCGUUUUGA